AUGGCCAGCAUCGAUGACCAGCUAGAGAAUCUCGCAUCUAGCCUCACCAGUAGACUGCCGUACUGCAGUGGCACGUUGGACAUUCCUCUGACGAACUUCGUCCUAUUUUAUGGGAAAGAGCAGGACGCUCAUCGCGUGGAUCUUCUGAAUGCGUCUGAAGACGAGCUGAAGCGCCUCGCCGAGACGUGCGAUGUCGCCACCUUCGGUAUGGGCCAGGAAAGUGUCCAUGACGAGUCAUACAGAAAGGCGGGCAAGCUUGACGUUACGCAGUUUGCGAUGCAUUUCGACGCCACACUUGUCGGACUGGCCGAGACUGUAUUUGCGGAUCUGUUUGACGGAGAUGAGACUUCGUCUGUCCGUGCCGAACUAUACAAGCUGAACGUAUACGGACCGCAAUCUUUCUUCAAGUCCCACGUCGACACUCCGCGAAGCGACGACAUGUUUGGUUCACUCGUGGUCAUAUUUCCCACGCGCUAUCAGGGGGGUGCUCUGGUGUUGCGCGACGGAGGUGAAGCGUGGAUGUUUGACUCCGCGGAAACAUUGUCUCGGCAGUCUGAGAAACCACGAAUUGCCUACGUCGCCUUCUUCAGCGAUGUCCAGCACGAGGUUCUCCCUGUCCAGUCGGGCUACCGCGUUACGUUGACCUAUAACCUCUAUUUCGCUGACGCAAGUCCCGUCCCGGCCGUGCCGGUCACUCGGCCAUUCCCUCAGGCAAAAUCCCCGUUCGAGGUUGAACUUCAGUUGCUUCUAGAUGACCCGACGUUUCUGCCCGAAGGCGGUCACCUCGGUUUCGGUCUCUCUCACCUGUAUCCUAUCCAUGCGAACGUGUUACGUGAUUUCGGCCCCACGAGAACGAUUCCUCUGGCCAAGUUAAUGUCUCAUCUGAAGGGCAGCGACCGUCAGCUCCGCCAGUCCUGCAGUAACCUCUCUUUGAAGUUAUCCCCUCGAGUUAUCUACAAAGAUCGAAGUGAAGAGCUCUCUGUGCUCUGCGACCAUAUCGUCGACUUUCCCAGUGAUGAAACGUUCGAGAACGAUCCAUUUUGGUCGUUCCUCCGCGAGAAGGAGGGAGGAAAGCUGCUAAAUACUCCCCCGGGUUCAGAAUACUCUGGCUCGGAUGAUGGUGCCGAUGUGACGGUGUACUGGGUGACUAGACCAUCGCAGACGGACCAAGCAGAUUGCUUUUUCCUGACGUACGGUAAUGAGCCCGGCUUAGAUUAUACUUACAUGCAGGCUUGCCUCAUUGUUGAUGUCGGCGCUGUUGGAAAGCGGGCUACAGCGUAG